AUCCUCCCCCACAAAACUAUCAAAGAGGAAGAGGUUGUGAGAUUGAGAGAAGAGUUCACCAUGGAUUCAAACCAGUCCAGGCAUUUUGCAUCUUCUCACAACUCCAUGGAUAUGCCGCCUCCUCCCAUUUUCCCUAUUGAUCAUCGCCAGCCAUCAAUGCAUGAGCUGCACAACUUAAUGCUAAUGUCUCACCCAAGCAUGUUACUUCGUGACCCCCAAGCACCUCAUCAGGUGGAUGAAGAAACCAUGCGAGAACAUCAUUUACAACUGUGGAAGCAAAACAUGCGGUUGUUUUGGCAACAACAAUUGCUUGAAGUUAAUCAGAUCUCAGAAUUUAAGCAGCAGCAUCAACUUCCCCUUGCAAGGAUUAAAAGAAUCAUGAAAUCUGAUGAAGAUGUGAAGAUGAUAAGCGCGGAUGCUCCUAUCCUUUUCGCAAAAGCUUGUGAGCUUUUCAUUUCAGAACUCACCCUUCGGUCAUGGUCGAAGAGUGAAGAAUACAAGAGGAGAACUCUGCUGCGAUAUGAUAUAUUUAAUGCUAUAAAUCAGGGAGAUGUUCUUAAUUUCCUGCUUCGAAUCUUCCCAAAAGAUGAUACCAAGGAAGAGGAGCCACCUCGAGGGGACAUGGAAUUUGCUGAACUUGUUCCUCAUAAUGGAGGAGUCAAUUUCCCCAUGAUGGAUCUGAACUGCUACCUCCAAAAUCUGAAUGCGGAAUCCAUGGUGAGGGAGCAAGAAAUUCCUCCACACUCUAUGGUCCAACCACCAGUACCUCAGACCUUGUUCUUCUAUGGACCACCUGGUCCUCAGUGAAGUGAGGACUUAGAAAGCUGAAGAAGCUGUGAUAGUCUCUAACAAUAAAAAAGGUCGCAGCUGAAAGAAUAUGGAGGGUUAAGAGAAGUGAUCAUCUUCUUUAAUUCUUCCUCUCUUUUUUUUCCUUUGAAAUAAAGUGAUUUAUCUAUGUGGUCAGCCUUGUUGGCAUAAGUGCUGUUAAGAGUUCCUAAAGACAAUAUGUUUGCAAUAAUAAUAGGUGAUUUUAGAAACUUAAA